UGUGUAACAGCUCCUCCAUUUAUUUCUUUUUUCUUGUAUCACGGGAGCCGAUAAUGAUUCGUUACGUCGCCGGUACUCUGUUCCUAAUUGGACUCGCACUUAACGUCGCCGUUUCAGAGAGCCGUAAUGUUUUGAAACUUCCGUCAGAAGUUUCUAGAUUCUUCGGUGCCGAUGAGAGUAACGCCGGCGAUCAUGAUGACGACUCCGUCGGUACUAGAUGGGCUAUUCUGCUAGCCGGAUCAAACGGUUAUUGGAAUUACCGCCACCAGGUCAUUGCAGGAACAAUAUAUUAUAGUUCCUUCACUUCUUAUACUAAUUACACUGUCAUGGAUCCAGGGAUGCCUACCGAUCCAUACCUCUAUGCAAACGAUCUUAUUGACGUGUUGAAGAAGAAGCAUGCUUCCGGUACAUAUAAAAGCUUGGUAUUUUACCUUGAAGCUUGCGAGUCUGGUAGUAUAUUUGAGGGUCUUCUUCCUGAAGGUUUAAAUAUCUAUGCCACAACAGCAUCAAAUGCUGAAGAGAGUAGCUGGGGAACCUAUUGCCCAGGAGAGUAUCCCAGUCCUCCUAUUGAAUACAUGACCUGCCUUGGUGACUUGUACAGUAUUUCCUGGAUGGAGGACAGUGAAUUACACAACCUGCGGACUGAAAGUCUGAAGCAGCAAUAUCACCUGGUCAAAGAGAGAACUGCUACUGGGAAUCCUGUUUAUGGUUCACAUGUCAUGCAAUAUGGUGAUCUACAUCUCAGCAAGGAUGCUCUAUACUUAUAUAUGGGUACAAAUCCUGCAAAUGAUAAUUAUACUUUUAUGGAUGACAAUUCAUUGCGAGUAUCAAAGGCUGUCAACCAGCGUGAUGCAGAUCUUCUGCAUUUCUGGCACAAGUUCCGCACGGCUCCUGAAGGCUCUGUUAGGAAAAUUGAGGCUCAAAAACAGUUAAAUGAAGCAAUAUCACAUAGAGUGCACUUGGACAACAGCGUAGCCCUUGUCGGUAAACUUCUGUUUGGAAUUGAAAAAGGUCCAGAGGUGCUGAGUGGCGUCCGCCCUGCUGGUCAGCCUCUUGUUGAUGACUGGGACUGCCUUAAAUCCUUUGUAAGAACGUUUGAGACACAUUGUGGAUCGUUAUCCCAGUAUGGAAUGAAACAUAUGCGCUCUAUUGCUAACAUAUGCAACGCUGGAAUUAAGAAGGAGCAGAUGGUGGAGGCAUCAGCACAAGCUUGCCCCAGCGUUCCAUCCAAUACUUGGAGUUCCCUCCACAGGGGUUUUAGUGCAUGAUUGGCAUCUAAUGCUCAAUAUGUCGAGAUUAUCAGUACGAAGAUUGAUAUAGUGAUUGUAAGAUGGUUCUUAAGCAUAAUUGCUUCCUUGUAAAUACAGGUUAGAAGCGCAUCAUUAUUGAGUUGAAAUGUACUCGAAGCAGAUAUCUUAUUGUAACUAUUGUUAUAGUUCGUCAUCAUUGUAUAGAACUCCUACUAUGCAAAAGCUUUGCCUGAACAAACUAUGUUUGGAAGGGAAUAUAAGCUUGACUUUCUUUUGAAUUAGAAAAAAGGUCAUUUCAUGACAGAGCAAGCUUCUGAAUGACAGACCAAAUACUGAUGGUAUUAUCCAUAUGCA